CAUCCCACUGUAAAUUAUUGUCUGUGUCUGUUCGUUAUCAUAUCAGUAUUUAGGUUUUUGAUAACAAUAUUUUGUAUUUUUGAGAUAAGACGCUAAUAAAGGCCGUCAAAAUUACUUACUACUCCAAAUACAACGGCAACCUAUCCGCCACCAUGGCUAAGCCAGUAUUAUAUUCGUACUGGCGAAGCUCAUGCUCCUGGCGGGUCCGAAUCGCACUGAACCUGAAAGAGAUUCCUUACGACAUCAAGGCAGUGAGUCUGAUCAAAGGAGGUGGAGAACAACAUUGCAAUGAAUAUCGGGAAGUGAAUCCAAUGGAGCAGGUGCCAUCACUUUGUAUAGAUGGCCAUACUUUGGUGGAGUCUCUAAGCAUAAUGCACUACCUGGAGGAGACAAGGCCGCAGAGGCCACUCAUGCCACAAGACUGUUUCAAAAGGGCCAAAGUCAGAGAAAUUUGUGAAGUGAUAUCUUCAGGCAUCCAGCCUCUCCAAAACCUGAUAGUCCUGAUACAUGUUGGUGAAGAAAAGAAGAAGGAAUGGGCAGGGCACUGGAUCACCCGGGGCUUCCGUGCUGUGGAGAAGCUGUUAUCAGCUUCUGCGGGAAAGUACUGUGUUGGGGAUGAGAUUACCCUGGCAGACUGCUGUCUUGUGCCACAAGUUUUUAAUGCUAGAAGAUUCCACGUGGACCUGCGCCCGUUCCCGAUAAUCCUGCGCAUCGACCGCGAGCUGGAGAACCACCCCGCCUUCCGCGCCGCGCACCCCUCCUCGCAGCCCGACUGCCCGCCCGAGGUCGCCAAGUAACCGCCAACCAAUGCUACCCACUCCUCACUGACACGCCAUUUUUUAAAGAAGAUAAUCAAAUCAUAGCCCUCACUGACUUAGAGACUGGGCUGCCAUUUAAAAAUAGAAAUGAGUCGCUUAACUUCAAACUCGGGUAAUUCCAUCUGUCAGAUUACGCGAUUUUGGUAUUAGGAAAAGGUAAUAGGGUAGAUAUUUGCUGAGAGGUCGAAGGUCGAAGUUAAGCGACACAAAUGAAGUAGGUAAUGUUAGGAUAUGCUUAUGGUUAAGUAAUUUUUACAUUGUUUAAGAGAAAAUACAAACAUUGUACUAACAUGUGCAAUGGAACCUUCUAAUUUGAAGUUAUUACAAUUUUAUUACUCAUUAGCUACGUUAGUGACUAGCUUUUGUUACUAAAAUUAAGUUUGUUAAUUAUUUUACAGAAAAAAAUGGGUACUACAGUAAAAAAAAAAGAAAAUCAUUUUGACAAAUCGACGUAUAACUUUAGCAUUUUCUAUAGUUUCUAUACCUUUGUUAGUGUUAUUUUUUACGCAUUCCCUAAAUGGGGAAUCAACUACUAUAAAAUUUCCAUAAUAGGACGUGAUUUAAUACAUUUUACAAUUCAUAAUUCAUUCAAAUUAAAAAGAACUGACUAAAUAUACAUCGUGGCAGAACAUGAACUGACCAUUAAAAUAGCAUGCUUUACCAUGAAUUUUUAGAAGUAAGAUUUUUUGAUAGCCAGCAAUAAUUGAUAGUAUUAACUUGUACAAUUUUAAGGUUAAAUUUUUUGUUAUUUCGAAACAAAUCAUUAUAUUGUUUAUUUUUUUACAUUUUACAAUUUUAUACAAAUUCGUUACAUUGUUUUUUUCUAGUCGAAAUUGUUUUGUUUGUAAGCAGGUUUUCUUGUGGUUAGAAUAUUAUAAGCACAUUCCAUUAGCAUUUUAGUAGUAACUUGCCUAAGUUCAAGUAAUAUAAAUUUUGUUAUUAUAGUGUGCUUGCUGAGCACACAAUAAUAACAAUAAUCCGUAGGUACAUUGACCUGACUCUACUUUUCUCUGUCACUUCCGCGCAAUAAGAAGAGUAGAGAAGAUACGAAUUUACGUGAGUUAAAAUUAUUAGUUACCUAUUGCCUUCCUUGAAUUAUUUGAAGGUAGGUUUGUAGAUGUAUGUACAAGUACAGAUUUUAUUUCGGUGAUAAGUAAAUAAAGUUUUUGUGAAAAA